UUGAUUGCCUGUCAAAGGUCAGAGGUCCCUUUCUUCUGUCUGUCCACAGCUCUAUAUCCGUCUUCCCAAGCCCAGAGGAAUCCAGCAUACUUCACCUCUUAUCAGGCAACCUCAGUGACACACAGAGAGCCCGCAUGGCCAUGUAAGGGGCUCCACGGCCCACUGCAGGCUAUGAUAGGAGGGUGUCUGAUAAGAUGGGCUGAACAUAAAACCCUCUGCAGCAUCACAAAUUGGCCGAGAGUCUACAUGCAUUCAUUCAGACAUGGCAAGUAAAAAGGCCUCCAAUAAAAGGCAGAGGGGGAAUCAGAAGUCCUGUUCCAAUGUGUUUUCAAUGUUCGAGCAGUCGCAGAUACAGGAGUUCAAAGAGGCUUUUGGCUGCAUUGACCAGGACAGGGACGGGGUAAUCAAGAAGCAGGACCUGAAGGAGACCUACGCUCAACUCGGAAAACUUAACAUUAAGGAUGAGGAGCUGGAAGAGAUGCUGAAUGAAGGGAAGGGUCCGAUCAACUUUACUGUGUUUCUCACACUUUUUGGGGAGAAACUCAACGGGACCGAUCCUGAAGACACCAUACUUGCUGCUUUCAAACCUUUUGACCCCAAUGGGACAGGUUUUGUUAAUAAGGAUGAGUUUAAACGAUUACUGAUGAAUCAGGCUGAUAAAUUCACGGCAGAAGAGGUGGAACAGGCAUUCACUUUGGCACCAAUUGACCCAAUCGGAAACAUCGACUACAAGCAACUCUGCUAUAUCAUCACACAUGGAGAUGAAAAGGAGGAAUCAUAAUAGGCCAUAUGUGAAGUCAAGAAACAUGGCUACUGCUGAGGAAUAAUUCACACUGGUGAUUAUUGGAGAUAAAGUAGAUUUUUUUAAAGAUAUUUAAAGUGGUGUAUUACGUCAACUGCCCUUCUGUUCUUUUGAGGAAAUGCUGUACUGAAAGACAUUCAAAAUAAAGUGCUGGACUCCCCUCCCAAAAUGAGAUGAAUAAACAAUUAGAAAAAUUAUUAUGUGGUUUGGAAAUGAUUUGGUGAUUUGAUUUGCAAAUAAAUACAUCCCAUUUGAUAG